GAGGUCUCUCUCUCUUCCUCGUCAUCCUGUCUAAAAGGCACGGCGGAAAUGAAUCCUCUAGGUAUCACAGUGGUUCUGGUACUCCUGGCAGCAGGGUACGCUCAGCUCAAUGUUCUGCAGCCAGAGUGUGACUCCCCUGAGGCAGAAGAGGCUGCACUGGCGGCUCAAGACUACCUCAAUGCCCAGCACACUCACGGCUACAAAUAUGCACUGAACAGGAUUGAGGACAUCAAGAUUCUCACGAAGCCUGAUGGAGAUAACACAUACGUUGUUGAAGUGGACUUGCUGGAGACAGACUGUCACGUGUUGGACCCCACACCAGUUGCUAACUGCACAGUGCGACCAAAAGUACUCACGGCAGUCGAAGGAGACUGUGACGUGGUGCUGAAAAGGGUUGGAGGAGCUUUGACUGUCACUGCUUUCAAGUGUAAGACAGAAGAAUCAACAGAAGACCUCUGCUUGGGUUGUCCCACCCUCCUUCCCCUGAACGACACAAGAGCCCUCGACUUCGUUCAUACUUCUCUGGCAACCUUCAACAACAAUACCGUUAAUAUGACAUAUGCUCUUCUUGAGGUCGGAAGGAUGUCAACACAGAUUGUCUCUGGUGGCCCACACUACUUGGCAGAAUAUGUUGUCGCUGAGGCUAACUGCACUGAUGAUGUCUGUGUGCCCCUGACUGCCGCCAUGGCUACACAUGGUAUUUGCACCGCCAAAGGCCUGAGUGCUGCCCACACAGUUGAGUGCAAGAUGUUUCCCAUCAUGGUACCUCAAGAUGCCAACAGCACCGAUGUUCCUAAAGUGUUCCCAGGCGUCCAUGUUCACACGCACAAUCUCUCCAGAAAGCACGGCCUGAAACACCACAAACUGACCUCUCUCCAUGACCCCCACGUUACUGGCCUUUUGUCCGCCGAGUCGGCAGAGUCUUCCGAAGUGGUGCCCGUCGUGGCGGUAGCUGGUACAGUCGCACCUGUUGCUCCAACCGCUGACACCACAUCCUCAUCCGAGGCGUCGGUCAGUUUAGAGAGUCCCGUGAAGAUGCUUAAAAGAGAUGUAUCCGCUGCAGAUGUCGCAGUUCCCAACGCCAUUGCAACAGACCCCAUCCUCCUCAUGCCACGGUGCCCAGGAAGGGUCCGAUACUUUUAAGUGUUCCUAUGCAGAAUAUAGACUAUUUUAAUAAAACCUAGAGUUGUUUAAACACUGUCUCAGACAUAACUCAUAGCAGUUCAUAAGCUUGGAAUCAUUGCAUGUGGAUUUAACUGCCUUUAUUCUUACAAAUAAAAAAAACUGUUUUGGAAAAUGCA